AUGUUCACGCUCUCUCUCCUCAGCCGGGGACAUGGGAAGUUGGUCCAGAACAAACAGAAGGUAGAAGUCUAUUUUGAACCAGAGGAUUACUUGAACUGGAAGUCCCCAGAAGAUUAUGUUCUGGUCCGCAAACCCCAGGAUGAGAACAAUGCCAACCAGGACUCCUGGAACCUCUUUCUUCCUAAAACAUUCAGCACUAGAAAGGGUGCCCUAAUCCUCUACUCAGAAGGUUUAGCUAUAUCAGCAUGGACACCAGAAGAGAGAAGAAACGGCACCAGCCACCCCAAAGUCCACAGUAAGAGGUUGGGUCUCAAACUGCGUACCCUUCAAGACCUCAAAGAAGCCAUCUUGGCAUAUGGAAGGAAAGAGAGGGAGCAGAACGGAGCCUGGCAACCAUACCUCCACUUCCAAAGCCAGCCAGAGAGCCAGGCGCAACGGCAGAUCCAGCCUGGGUAUUCAGCCAAGAGAUACCUCCGAGGCCUCUUGCAGAAAUGGCACCCUGACGCCAUGUACAGGCUCCAAUGUGCAGGAUACAUCAAGGAUUCUGUGCUGCUCCAGGACAGUCAACUUAAUGUACCAAAGAAUCUCAGGCCACAGCAGGAUCUUUCAGGUGCACCCCCAAAAUACCACUUCCUGCCUGUCUUCCCCCCAUUUUGGAUUCAACAAGGAAAAUCUUUUGAACAAGGUCAAUGGGGCCUGAAUGAAGGGGAAGCUUGGGCUGGUGGACACAUGGAUAAGGGCCCUGUAGCCAAGAACCACAGCAGUCAAGGGGCUCAUUUGCUGCCAUUCAGGAAGCAGCCCUGGCAGGAAGACAGAAGCCGGGCAGAGGACACAUCAAUGGAGAUGGAGAAGCACCAUUGUAUACUUUCUUCAAAGGAAGGCGACAAUGAAAAGACACAGCAAACCUCUCAGAGGGCCUUGGGGCAUGUCCACAUAGAUCAUUCUUGGCUCCCGAGUGACAGAUCCCACAUUACAUUCUGUGGAGGUGCCUUCCCUAACAAGAAGGCAAAUCUCAGUGAGAAACAAGAGACCGUGAAGCCCCUCAAGGACAGAAGCAGCGACUUGUCACAGAAGCCUCCUGUAGAAAGAUGCCUUUUCCCUCCAGUACCAUCUGCCACUGACUCGGAAAAAAACACACCUGGGGAAGUGAAGAAGAAAAAGGCGCCAAAGGCUUUGAAAUUACCUCCCAUCUCAGAAGAACCACCCAGAGUCCUGGACCCCCUGAGGAGUCAAUUUAAUGCCAAAGAGCCUCCAACAGAGCUCUUUAUCUUCCCAAUGGAGAUUCAUUUCCAAGCCCCACAACCCCCCAAAGAAAAGGCCUGCAGAAGAGGUGCUCCAUGCCCUGAGACAGAACCAGAAACAGAAGAGCCCAGGCCUUUAUGGAGGCCUCCUCUGAAGCAUGUGUCCUUACAAAGGCCUCGGGAGUUAACAGUGCAUCUCCCAGUGGACACUGGCAGGGACACACUCUCACCUCAAGGUAGCUCCUCCCUCCCUCCAGCAUCCCACAGGAAUCUCACUUUGAAGGGAAGCAAAGCAAGACAAACAAGGCCACUCAGCCAAGAAAAAGGAGGCUGGAAGGGAGGGCAGUUCAUCCCCAGCCACUUGAAGAUGGCUUUUGCUCAGGCCUUAAGCAAACCUCGGAAACCAAGGAAGGAGCCAGAGAGCCAGAGAGACCUGGACAACCCCAGGACAUCAGGCCGCAGCAGCCCCACAGACCCCUUGAAUGUGAGACAGCCCGGGAGGGAGCUCCCAGAAGAAGGACAAGAAGAUUCCAGAGACCCCACACUGAGACACUCCUUCCUGGGUCCACAUGGAGAAAAAGUCUUCCUGUCCUUCCUGGGGCCUACCCAAACCAAGGAUCUUCUGCUGGUUGAAGCCUAUGAAUCCAUCAACUCAAAUGUCAGCCACGAAAAGGUAGAGUCUGAUAUUCAACACAUUAUAAAAGGAACAAACACUGAAUCCAGAACCAAUCUUCACAUGAAUCUUUACGGAACCUCGUCAGCUAAGCAGGGAGCCCAGCAGUCCUUGGAGGCAGCGGCUCAGAAGACAGGAGAGCCUCAAAGUUGUAUAAAUAAAGAGCUGAUAUGUUCAAACAGAAAAGAAUUUUACACGUGCAAGCUGCACAUCGACAUGACGCCGUUCCUGAAGGAAAGUAGAGAUGAACUGAACCAUCAUGAAGAGCCAGGAGGGCCCCUCGCAGAAAAUCAAGACAGCCAAGACCCGGAGUCAGAGACUAUGACCCUUGGCCCUCUCAGCACUUCCCCUGCUGAACACAUCCAGGCACCUGAGCCACAUUCUGUCCAAAAAGUGGACAGAGAUAAUGACCUACACCACCUGCACAGAGGACUUCCAGGACAGGGGCCUGGGUCACAAGAGAGGUCGGAUCUUGUGGAUACAUCUCUUCUUCCAGGAGAAAGAGAAGGGAAGGCUGAAACAAGACUGUUCAACCAGCAGACCCCAGUCAGCACCAGUAUGGAGAGGGAAUGGACUGACAAAGCCAAGAGAAAGAAAAGAAUCAAGACAGACAAGCCCAAGGCACCCAAGGCGGAAAGAGAAGGAAAGGUCCAUGGUGGAGCAGAGACUGCUGCUGGAAAGUCAAGGGAGUCAAAGGCUGAAAAGAAACUAAAGCUAAUCCCCAAAGAAAAAAAGCCAGGAGCCAAAAGGAAGAAGAGACAGAAGGAAAGGAUUCUGGAGAUAGCAGAGCUGAGUGGGCCUGAGGAAAGAGAAGACAACUCAGAUAAAGGUUUCUUUCCUUCAAACUCCAUUGUAGAGGACCCUUGGCUUUCUCCCAAAUAUGAUGUUCUGGAGAGCCAAGUUUCUAUAGAUGGAAGAUUACCACCCACCCAUGCUGGAACUGUCACUGGAAACAUGGAACCUGAAGAAGAGAGAAGCCAUGAUGACCCUUCCAAGGCCCUCCUCACCAAGAUGGAGCAAGAGAAAGCUUCCCGGGACAGGCUGCGAACAGAGAAGGCCGAGAUGAGACGGCUGGAGGUGGAGAGGAAGAGAAGGGAGCAGGAGGAACAGAGGAGGCUCCAGCAGGAGCAGCUGGAGAGGGCGGAGAAGAUGAAAGAGGAGCUGGGGCUGGAGCAGCAGAGACGAGCAGAGGAGAUCCGCUUGAGGAAACAGAGACUUGAAGAAGAGCGGCAGCGGCAGGAGGAAGAGCAACGAAAGCAGCAGCUCCAGUUGCAAGCGGCCCAGGAGAGAGCCCACCAGCAGCAGGAAGAAUUCCGGAGGAAACUGCAAGAGCUGCAGAGGAAAAAGCAGCAGGAAGAAGCCGAGAGGGCUGCGGCAGAGAGGCAAAGGCAGAAGGAGUUGGAAAUGCAGUUAGCAGAAGAACAAAAACGCCUGAUGGAAAUGGCUGAAGAGGAGCGUCUAGAGUACCAGCGGUGGAAACAGGAAGCAGAAGAGAAGGCUCUGCUGGAGGCAGAGGAGAGGAAGCAAAAAGAAGAGGAUGCAGCAAGGCGGGCUCUGGAGGAAGCCACGGAGCAAGCCCAGGAGCUAGCCAGGUACCAGAUACUUGGGCAACAGGUGCCAUAA